AUGCUGCCUGCACCUUCUGCUGCACCUGCUUCUCUUACUUCUGCUGCUGCUGCUGGGGGUGAUCUGCUUCCUGUGCUUGAGCAGCCUUUGACUGCAGCAGCAGCAGCUCGUGCUGCAGCAGCAGCAGCAACAGAAGCAGCAGCAACAGCAGCAGCAGCAACGGUAGCAGCAGCAGCAGCAACGACAGUGCCGAGUUUCUCUGCAUUGUUUGAGACGCCUUUGGCGCAUCCUGGUGCAGCAGCAGCAGCAGCAGCAGGCGGCAGCAACAGCAGCAGCAGCAGCAGGAACAGCAGCAGAGAUGCAGCAGCAGACGCAUGCGAUAGCGUAGAAAGCCUCCCCGUUGUGCCGCAGCGACGGCAGCAGCAGCAGCAGCAGCAGCAGCCUUCUCGCAGCCGCUUGCUGCAGCAGCAGCAGCAACAGAAGCAGCAGCAACAGCAGCAGCAGCAACGACUCUGGCGGCCGCAGCUGCAGCAGCAAAGCCGUAUCAGCAGCAGCAGCAGCAGCAGCAGCAGCAAAAUGGAUGCUGCUACAGACGCUGCAUCGCCCACAGCAGCAGCAGCAGCAGCAGCAGCAGCAGCAAUGAAGAGAUGCAGCAGCCUGACAGCAGAGGCCCUCUAUGGGGCAGCAGACUGUGGCGGCCGCAGCUGCAGCAGCAAAGCCGUAUCAGCAGCAGCAGCAGCAGCAGCAGCAGCAGCAAAAUGGAUGCUGCUGCAGACGCUGCAUCGCCCACAGCAGCACCAGCAGCAGCAGCAGCAGCAGCAGCAAUGA